AUACGGAAAGGUAAGGGGAGUAAUUUGAGUUGAAUUUGAUUGCAGGUUAUUUUCCUCUUUUAUUAGUCCAUACCUUUGCUUUUAUCGUCUCUCCCCUCUUCUCUGUCUCUGGCUGAGUAGAGCUACUUGAAGAGCCGCUCAUCUUUCUUCUGCUUCUAUUCCAGGACAUUCAUUGCAUUCCAUGGCAAAAAGAGUCCACAGUUUUGCUCUAAAUAAGUGUCAAAAGGGAGUUUGCAUUGCAGAAGAUCGCAUUAGUCAGUUACCUGAUGAAGUUUUGGUAUAUAUACUAUCUUUUCUUACUGUUAAAGAAGCAGCUAACACAAGUGUCCUCUCAAGGCGUUGGCUAAGCUUGUGGAGAUACAUUCAACGGCUUGAUUUUGAUGCUAGCAAACCCUUGGAUAAAGUAGCCUUGCAACCCAAGUUACGGAAAAGCCAAAUGAAGAAGUAUCUUAGAUGGGUCAACUAUACUUUGCAAAUGUGUAAAGGGCAGAGACUUGACCAAUUUCGGGUUUGUUUUGACUUGAACAAAUUCGCGCAGCAUGAGAUUGAUAAAUGGCUUAAAUUUGCCUUUUCUAGGAAUGUUCAAAGACUAGAGUUGGACUUAUUAAAGGGUGGAGAGGACAUUCGUUAUUUUGAUUACUGUUAUACUUUUCCAACACGGCUCCUUCGUCUUGGUGAUUCUGUUGACUCUUCUUCUUGCAUACCUCAUUCUAAUGACCUCCAAAUACCCCCACUUGUCAAGCAGAAUUUCAAGUUUCUAAAAGUGCUGCUAUUGAAAUCUGUAAAUGUCACGGGCGAAGUUCUUGAGUUCUUUCUACACAAUUGUCCAUUUCUUGAAACAAUGGUAGUUCAUGGAUCAGGAACUUUGGUAAAUUUGGAAGUUGUCGGUCCGUCCCUCAAGUUGAGACACUUGGAGAUACAGUACUGUUACUAUGUAAAAUCACUUAAAAUUUGUGAUACAAACCUUGUAACAUUAAGGACUUCAGCAGGAGAGGCAUUACUGCUUAAGAAUGUCCCGAUGCUGGUUGAGGUAUACAUUUCUAGUGCGGCAUACAACCAUAUUUUGAAUGACAUAUCCUCUUGUCUUUCCUGCGUUAUCUCUCAGCUUGAAGUCCUUAAAAUACAUGGUUCUCACUCAUUGUUUGAUCUUUCGCAGGAAAAUUUGGAGCAUUACAAUUUUCCUCAACUUACUAAGCUCAAGAAACUUGUGUUCACUACAUUCGGACAGAAAGACCUGAGUCUCUUAGGUUGCAUGUCUAUAAUAAGGGCUGCUCCCCAGUUGAAGGAAUUUGAACUACAUUUGAUGUUGACAUGUUCCCUCCAGUCAAACAGAGAGUGUAGGAAGGCCAUAAAAUGUCCACUGCAUCACCUCAAAGUGGUCAAGUUGUGUGGGUUUUAUAGUGGUGCAGUUCAUCUUGAACUUGUAAGGUACUUCUUGGAAAAUGCUAUUGCACUCGAGAAAAUCAUCUUCGAUCCCAGGAAUCCAAUUCUCUCUCGCGUUCCUUUAGAACCUUCAGAAAUCGAGGAAGAGCAAACUGCAAGAAAUCUAGCUAAGCUCCAUCUUGAAGGUGAAGUACCUCCGUAUAUUGAGUUGGUGAUAUUGUAGUAAGUAUGUUAAUUAAGAAAAUAAUUAAGUCAUUAAGGCCUUCCCAUUUAAAAUUUUGCUAGAGGAAGAUUUCAUUUAGUAGUAUGAUUGUAUCGGAUAAUGUGCCUGAUUUAAUGUUAUUAUUAUUUAAGCUCA